UCGCCUUCAUUCCCGCACACCCUCGCUCCCGGUCAGGUCGCCCCGGUGUCGCUCCGCCAGUCGUGGCCCCGAGGACAGCGCACCUUCCCGCGGGGAGGGACUCUCGGACUUUUCCCCCCUCGGAUUUACCGGACCCGCAGUGAGCGAAGGAUUUGCGUCGCGGCUCCGCCCGGCGUGCGGUGCUGAGUGACUGCACACAUCUUCGGAGUUUUAUUAUCGGUGCGAGAGGAGCGGCGUUACCCCGGCUCAGGACAAAGGAGCACGAAGAGGGUAAAUCCAGGAAAAAAAAAAAAAGGAUCCGAGUGGAAUAAGAACAGAGUGAGGAUGGAUAGAUGUCUCCUUGCUCUCGCUGUUGGGGUCCUAAUGCUCGGUGGGUGCUCGGCCCGCGUGGUGACGGUGUCUCCUGGGCCUCUAAUCCGAGUGGAGGGUCAGCCGGUGUCCAUCAAAUGUAACGUCAGGGAAUACUCAGGACCUCGCGAGCAGGAUUUCGAGUGGAUGAUGUCCCGGGAGUCGAGCGGGCAGAAGAUAAAGAUCAUCUCCACCUUCGACGCGCUGUACUCCCACCCGUCGCUCAGCAAGCGCGUGGCGUCCGGCGACAUCUCGGUGGUGCGGCUGCAGGACAACGAGGCGGAGCUGAAGAUCGCCGAGGCCAAGCCGGUGGACGCCGGCUUCUACUGGUGCCAGACGCCGAGCACCGACGUCGUCAUCAGCGGCAACUACGAGGCUCAGGUCCAGCUCAUCGUCAUCCCCAACACCCUGAAGGUGUCCCCCCAGACGCCGCCCCCGGUGGUGCCGGAGGGAACCGACGUCACCCUGUCCUGCAACGUCACCCGGGAGCUGACGCACCCCACCUACCUGUCCGUCACCUGGUCGGUGAAGAGGGGCGCCGCCUCGGAGGAGAUCCUGACCUUCGGCCCCCAGGGGGGCGUCGCCACGGGGGCCAAGUUCUCCCGCCGCUACGCCGACGGGGGCGUCCGGCUGGUCCCCGGCGCCAACGGCGUGUUCGAGCUGGUGAUCACCCGGGCGACGACGUCCGACGAGGGCAUUUACGAGUGCAACGGCACGGAGUGGACGCACGAGAACGGGAAGUGGAUCAAGAUCGUGGAGAGCGCCAAGGAGAUGGGGACGGUCGCCGUGACGCCGACAGGUCAUUCCCUCACCGUGAAGGCCUCCUCCUCCUCCUCCUCCUCCUCUUCCUCGCCCCUGCUCCUCUCCCCCGGCGACACGCUGACCCUGCUCUGCUCCGUCGCCGCCGACAACCUGCCCACCCUCACCCUGGAGGUGACCUGGCUGGCCGACGGCCGCGAGCUGGUCACCAUGGAGCGCAGCGGGGUGGUGAUCUCUAACACGUCCGCCGCCGCCGCCGGCGCCGGCGGGCUCGCCAGGCGGUCGGACGUCGGCCUGGACCGCACGGGAGCCGGGGAGUACAGGCUGGCCGUGAGGGGCGUGAGCGGCGAGGACGGAGGGGCGUACGCGUGCCGCGUCCGGGCCUUCGUGGAGAAAGGAGGACGCAGCUCGGGAGGAGGGGGGAGGUGGCACAUGGCGGCGGAGAAGACGUCCGGCGCCGUGACCGUGAAGGUCUCCGAGAUCAAACCGAGCUUCUCGUUGAGCCUCGAGGCCAGCGUCAGCCCCCGGAUGACCUUUGAACCGACUGAGCUGUCGUGCCACGUGACCAACAUCACUCAGAUGUCUCCCGGGGGACGACUGGGCGUCGACUGGGAGCACACCCCACUUCCUGGCACAGCGGACGACGCUCAAACGCCGCAUCCCAUUGCUUCCCUGGACGGCAGCGGGAACCUGCUGUCCGACUCCAGGUACGCCGACAGGCUGCGGAGCGGCGCGCUGUCCCUCAGCAGGGUUCACCCCAACACCUUCAAGCUGCGGUUCCUCCGCACGCAGGACGUCGACAUGGGCCGGUACGCCUGCACGGUGUCCGCCUGGAGCGUGAGCAGCCGGGGAGCCAUGGUGAAGACCGCCGAGGCCAAAAGCUCGCCGCUGGUGGUACGAUGGGACGCCAAACACCCGUCCCUGAACGUGGCGGCCAAGCGGAUCCGCGAGGCGUCGGUGGGCGGGGCCACCUUCGAGAUGAGCUGCACGGUGAGCACCGACAACCUGGGCGAGGCGGGGUACUCCGUGCUCAUCCAAUCACAGGAGAGCCUGGGGGCCACCGUGAGGACCAUCAUGACCCUGAGCCCGGACAACGUCCUGUCGCACGGCGGCGCCACGGACCCCAACAGGAGAGACAGCCUGGUCCUGACCAAGUCCGGCCCCGCCGAGUUCCGCUUCCGCCUCGCCGGCGUCCAGCUGUCCGACAGAGGCUACUACUGGUGCGACAUCACGGCGUGGACCAAGCAGCAGCCGGGACAGACGUGGACCAAAGCCAACAGCUCCGAGUCCAACAAAGUCCGGAUUAACUUUCAGGAGAACGGCCCGUCCUUCUCCAUCGCCAUCAACUCCGACACCAACAGCGUUUAUCCCUGGGAAACGGCCAAGAUGGAGUGUUCGCUCGGCGUCUCCGGAUCCUCACCGAAGACCGAUGACCUGGCCUACGAGGUGAGCUGGUUCUUCACCAGGCUGCGCGGCGGGCAGACGACCGCGCAGGUGGCCGCCGUCGACCGCUUCGGCGUCGUCUCCAGGUCCGAUCGCAACUCGUCCAGCGACGUCUCCGUCGAGCGCCGGGACGCACACACCUACCUGCUGAACAUCUUCGGCACUCAGGACAGCGACAGCGGCGAGUACCACUGCGUCGCCACUCCCUGGUACCUCUCGGCCUCGACGGGAGCCUGGACCGAAGCCAAGGAGCUGACGUCGCCCAGAGUCUUCCUCACUGUCAAAUUCGCAGUGUGGGACUCCCUGAAAUUACCUCUCCUGUAUGGCGCGUCGGCCUCGCUGGGCGUGGGCCUGUUCUCGCUGCUGCUGGGCCUGGUCUGCGCCCAGUGCUGCUGCCGCAACGCCACGCACACCCCGCGCUCGCGCAACAAACUGAUGGACCUGGAGAUGGACUGACACACACUCUCCCCGGCGCCCACACACUGCAGCGCGCACAGGAAGCACCACCACCACCACCACCACCACCACACACACAGCCGGCACGCGUCCACGGACGACUUCUGGGACACCCAGCUGUUCCCGGGCGACGGCCAUUGGGAGUAAAAAAAAAAAAAAAAAAUACUCCCAGGACUUCUGGCUUUUUUGGACGCGGUGCUUUAAAAGAAAUAACGGGAAAAAAAAGGUGCUCAGGAUUUUUCUAACUGCAGUGGAGGAGCAGGGGACGGUUUUUUGUUUUUUGUUUUUUUUUUUUGUUUUCCCCACUCUUCAGUGGAGAAAUAGCCUUUCCAGACUUCCGUUUCCGUGAAGAAAUCUCGACGCUUCUGGAGAAUUUUAUGCAGAUUUACUCGUUCCGCGGAGGUCCGGGCGGAACGGGAGACUCGGGAGAUAUCACUGCCACCUGGGAAUCGAGGAUCACUCAACGGAUCUGCUGCCUCUUUCAACCACAAGGGAAACAAACGGAGCGCUCCGGCCGGACUACAAGCGUUGUUUUUCUUUUACCUUUUUUUGGGGGGUUUUUUUCCCGUGAGGACGGCCGACGCUGAACCUGAGCCUUGUUCUGUCACGCAGCGGCUCGUCGUCGGGAGGCGUUGCACUACCAACCCGGAGUGUUCCUACCUUCAGCAAAGAGACGAGAUCUACCUUUAUUCUCGACUUUAGAAUUUUUUUUUUUUUUUUUUUUUUUUUUUUUUUGUGGAAAAUUAAGACAUUUUAAAAACCGAGAGACGUUUUUAAGCUUUACAAGCAGAUAUGCAUUCGGUGUGUUUGUGUGUGAGGUGUUCUGUACACGGUGCCAACCUUUGACCUGACGGAGACGCGCUGGGUUCAUCUCGCCAGAUCAACACUUGAACAGCCGCGAGAGGCGUGGCAGCGGCGAGCAACUCUUCCUCCUCCUCCUUCUUCUUCUUCUUCUUUUUUUUUUUUUUUUUAUAAAUAUUCAGAAAUGUAUCCAGCUGUUGUUUUUUUUUUUUUUUUAUUUUCCUUGCCCGAGUCUCGUGCGUGUUUCCGUGUGAGUGCCGCACAAAGAGUUGCAUGUGCUGUUUUUUUUUUUUUUUUAUAACGACGGUAUGAUGUCAUUCACGGGCAACGCCAGUCGUUGGCAGGGUUCCAUUUCGACGGCAUCAAAGCUUCUUGCAUCCAGAUUCGGAAAAAGAAAAACAAGAACCCUGGCUGUCGAUUCGCCGACGCAGAACAACACGACUCUGCCUUUAACGGGGGUGAUGCAAGAAACCCUGCGACGGCGGAGUUCUGAGGGAACUUUAUCUUUAAAGGAGCAGUUCGACAGUCCGGGAAACGUCGAGCCGCACGCCCUUCCAUCCGGCGAGCGCGUUUCUCAAAAUGAUCCGAACCGUUUCUACGAUUUUUUUUUUUUUUUUUUCCAGAUGUUCUAAAAACAAUACCUUGCACUUAAUAAG